AUGCCGCCGUUUCAGUUCAGAGGUAAUUCGAAUUAUCGAGGCUCGCGUCCGAACCCUAGACACGAGUUCAGUUUCCGAUAUCGACCACCUCCCACGGCAGACCGACCACUGUUGUCCCGAAAGAGAGAAACCACGCCCGAACAGCUUCAAGGGGAAAAUGAGACCAAUGCGCCACCAAAGUUCGCUUCGUUGAACGAGGUGAGUGCGAUGAGUGAUAGUGAGGAGGCUGAGAUGGACACGUCCGACUCCGACUCCGACAACGAGCGACCACGAAAGAGACGCGCGCUGGGUCUUCACGAAUCCCAAGAGAAAGCGCCAGUGCCCCCACCUGCUCCUCCCGCCACCAAGUGGUCGAACCCAGAUCCUUACACCGCACUGCCCCCACCAAGCGAACAGACGAAUAAAGGAUUCGACGUUGUCAAGUUGAUCCGGAAGGCCAGACUUGACAACGCAGCAAAGACUACCCAGACCGACGCGGUGAAAGAGAACUCGGACUUUAUUUCUCUAGGCCCAAUGGAGCCAGAACCAGAGAACAACGCCCCAGAGAAUGCACCCAAGGGACCACGAGGUCACGAUUCCGUAGACUCGGGUCCUGGAAACCGCAAAAGAACUCGCGAAGAUGAGCUCAAGGGCUUCUCUCGAAAGGGUGGCAAGCCUGCAAGCAGGUACAACUUUGAUGGCUCAGUUAUCGAUGAGUGGAAAUCGCGGUCUCCGGAGACGGGCACGCCUUGGUUUGAAUCCACUCCUCCUUCCUUGCACAUAGGAUCUCAGCUGCAUGACGAAAUCCUCAGUUUCUACAACUGGGCCAAGCCACAAGAGUUUGAGAACAUUGUGCGCAAGGACCUUGUUGAGCGCUUGAAUACUGUAUUCAAGAACAGAUACCCCGGUGUUGAAAUCCAUGCUUUCGGUUCAUUUGCCUCCGGGCUCUAUCUGCCUACCGCAGAUAUUGACUUGGUCUUAUUGUCUAAUUCAUUUAGACGUACAGGAGUUCGGAAUUUUGGAGAGAGGAAAGGACAAAUCUAUGCCUUUUCAGGCUUCCUCAAGGGCACAAACAUCGCUGUCCCCAACUCCAUUGAGUGCAUUGCGCAUGCCCGUGUGCCCAUCCUCAAGUUCAUUGACAAGCUGACCGGACUGCGUGUUGAUAUGUCUUUUGAUAACAACAGCGGGCUGAUCGCCAACGAGACCUUCCAGCAAUGGAAAGCACAAUUCCCUUCCAUGCCCAUCAUUUUAUCGGUGAUCAAGCAAUUUUUGUUGAUCCGUGGUCUAAACGAAGUCCCGACUGGUGGGCUGGGAGGCUUUUCUAUCACCUGUUUGGUCACAAGUCUUCUCCAGCACAUGCCUCAGGGAAACCUGAAGCCUAACCUAGGAAGCAUUCUCAUGGAUUUCUUCGAUUUCUACGGAAAGUACUUCCAAUACGACCGUGUCGCUAUUCGCAUGAAUCCCCCAGGGUUCUUCAACAAGAUUUACUUUGGAAGCGCUGAUCGUCUUACCAUCGAAGACCCAAACAACCCUGACAACGAUAUCUCUGGUGGAACACGGGAGAUCAAUUUGAUCCUUCGUACCUUCGCUGGUGCUCACACAACCCUCAAGAACCGCAUGGAAUACCUUGCACUAGUCCAGGGACCCAACAAGACUAUUCUCGGUCCCAUCAUCGCGGCUAACUUCGAAGAAUACAUUGAACAGCGCAAUCAACUUCGCCGAGUCUUCAUGUCGGAAAGUCGGUUCGCCAAGUACAAGAUCCCUCCGCCGCCACCAGAGCCAUAUCCUCUUGAUGGGGCCUACUCUCCCCCACCGCUGCCAGCUGGUCCGCCACCCCCAGGCCCGCCUCCACCUCCAGCACAGAGGCCCAUCAAGGCCGCGAAAUCGAAGCUGAAGGGCACGAUCUCGGAGCCCGAGAACAUUUCUUCCGACGAAUCAUCCAGCGAGACAAAGUCGAAUAGAUCCCGAAAGGGUGAAAUGCGUCGACAAGUGUGUCGUGAGCGCGCUGCCAGGAUCAAACGCCUCAGACCCGAUCUCACGAAACUUCCCGCCUCUCUGAGUGUCAAUCAAGCUCUUCGGCACGCCGGCUAUGCGAACGAUGCGCAGAUGGAACACGACCUGGCUUUCAGAGAACAGCAACAAGCUGCAAACUAG